AGUCAGCGGAUCGGAGACGAGGUGGGACAGAAAAACUACGACAGCAAAAGCUAAAAGCGCGCAGGCAACGUGGAAACAUGGUGCUCGACUUGGACUUGUUUCGGACCGACAAAGGCGGUGAUCCUGAAAUCAUUCGCGAAACUCAGAGGAAGAGGUUUAAGGACGUUGCGUUGGUGGAUAAACUGGUGGCCGCUGACACGGAGUGGAGAAAAUGCCGCUUCACUGCAGACAACCUGAACAAAGCCAAGAACCUCUGCAGCAAGAGCAUCGGGGAGAAGAUGAAGAAAAAGGAACCAGUAGGAGACGAUGAGUCUGUACCAGAGGAAGCCCAGAACCUGGAGGACCUAACAGCUGAAACGCUAUCUGUGCUGACAUUAACACAGAUCAAAAAGGUGUAUUUGCUUGUGGACGAGGCAGUGGAGAAAACUGACCGGGAGAGGAUGAAGCUGGAGGCUGAGAGGUUCGAGUAUCUGAGGGAGAUCGGCAACCUCCUGCAUCCGUCUGUACCGGUCAGCAAUGACGAGGAUGCAGACAACAAGGUGGAGCGUACCUGGGGCGACUGCAGCGUCCAGAAGAAGUACUCUCACGUUGACCUGGUGGUCAUGAUCGACGGCUUUGACGGAGAGAGAGGAGCCGUUGUGGCUGGGAGCAGAGGUUACUUUCUAAAGGGGCCCCUGGUGUUCCUGGAGCAGGCUCUGAUCAACUACGCCUUAAGAAUCCUCCACAGCAAGAACUACACCAUGCUGUACACGCCGUUCUUCAUGAGGAAAGAGGUGAUGCAGGAAGUGGCCCAGCUCAGCCAGUUUGACGAGGAACUUUAUAAGGUGAUCGGUAAGAGCAGCGAGAAAUCAGACGACCGCUCCAUCGAUGAGAAGUACCUCAUCGCCACCUCGGAGCAGCCAAUCGCCGCCUUCCUGAGGGAAGAGUGGCUGAAGCCUGAGGACCUGCCCAUCCGCUACGCCGGCUUCUCCACCUGCUUCAGGCAGGAAGUGGGCUCCCACGGAAGGGACACCCGCGGCAUCUUCAGGGUGCACCAGUUCGAAAAGAUAGAGCAGUUCGUCUACUCCUCCCCUCACGAUGGAAAGUCGUGGGAGAUGUUUGACGAGAUGAUCGGAACAGCAGAGGAGUUCUACCAGUCGCUGGGAAUUCCUUACCGCAUCGUCAACAUCGUCUCCGGGGCCCUGAACCACGCGGCCAGUAAGAAGCUGGACCUGGAGGCCUGGUUCCCCGGAUCGGGGGCCUUCAGAGAGCUGGUCUCCUGCUCCAACUGCACAGACUACCAGGCCAGGCGGCUCCGCAUCCGCUACGGACAGACCAAAAAGAUGAUGGAUAAGGCAGAGUUUGUGCACAUGUUAAAUGCGACAAUGUGCGCAACGACACGUGUCAUGUGCGCCAUCCUUGAGAACUACCAGACGGACGAAGGCAUCGUCGUUCCAGAGAAGCUCAGGGAGUUCAUGCCUCCUGGUCUGACAGAAAUCAUUAAGUUCGUUAAGCCGGCCCCCAUCGAUCAGGAGAUGUCCAAGAAAGGAGACUUUCCUGUUCCGUCAGUCUCUGCCUAA